AUGGAUUCAGCUGCACAGAAUCCGCUCCUAUCGACCCAGCAGGCCUCCGACUCCGGUCUACAGGCGGUGCUGCACCCGCUCGUGCUUCUCACCAUCUCAGAUUACAUCACACGCCAUACUCUUAGACAACAGCCUGGCCCUGUCGUGGGUGCCUUAAUCGGGCAGCAGAAUGGCCGCGAGGUGACGAUAGAACAUGCUUUUGAGUGUGCUACAAAAGUUAACGGCGACGACGUAUCACUUGAUGCUGACUGGUUUGGACAGAGGCUGGGCCAGAUGAAAACAAUACAUAGUUCCCCUCAGCUAGACCUUGUUGGUUGGUACACCUUACUCCCUAAAAGCGGUCCGACACCGUCCAUCCUCCAGAUUCACAACUAUAUCCUAUCCGAGCACAAUGAUUCGUCCCUCCUGCUUGGGUUCCACCCUGAGGAGUCUGUCAAACACGAUGCUGGCAGCAGACUACCCCUGACCAUCUAUGAGUCCAACUACGAAGCGGAGGAGUCGAAGAACGUGCAAGGAGAAGAUAAUGAGAUGCGAGAUGGAGAACCGCCACUGAGACUGAGAUUCAGAGAACUCCCAUACUCCGUGGAGACUGGUGAGGCUGAAAUGAUCAGCAUGGAUUUCGUCGCAAGGGGUGCUGGUAACGCCACAGCUGUCGAACCGCGGGAGCAGAAGAAAGUUAUGCCUGGAUACAGCGACGAUCCCAAAGGCAAGCGGAAGAUGGAGGAUUCACAGCCAACGGCGACGGGUCAGGGCUAUACGGAUGCUACAGAUGCUGACGUCCAUAUUCUAUCGAGAGAGGAGGAAGAGAUGAUCGCAGCUAUUGCGGCGAAAGCGAACUCGGUGAAGAUGCUGCAAUCCCGUAUCAACCUCCUAGCAACCUACCUCGAGCGACUACCUCCUUCUAACCUUACAGGAGAGGAUACUACGAUGGUUACUGGCGAGGGAGAGCCUACGAUCCCUUCACACACCAUCCUUCGAUCAAUCCAAGCCCUCGUGAAUAGGCUAUCGCUGGUAGUCCCCUCGGCGACCGAGGCGUUCAAGCAGGAGAUGCUCAGCGAAGAAAAUGAUGUGCGCCUCAUGGAGCUGCUCAAUGACGUGUUGCAAAGCACUACCGAGAUCAGGAGCGUCGGCAAGAAGUUCAGCAUUGUAGAUGCGAGCAGAGUCCAAAGCAAGAAAUAUACAGACGACCCAAAGAUCCUAGGCUCUCGAUUUGCCGAAUUUUAG